AUGAAGCUCGUCUUUCCCGCGCAUGGGACUGCUCGGACAGCACUCGGAGAACUAUCAUGCAUUAACAACUAUACACCCUUGUUCCUGGGAACAUCUCUCUCCCUCCGAACCUCUCCGCCUGUACCAUACACCAAACACCGAUCACGAUCCGAUCAACGACGAUAUACCAGCAAUUCCACAGCGCCUUCAAAAGAAAAUGGUCGAACAGGGAAGCCCAAUGCCCCAUCCCACGCAGACAACACACCACAACCGCCAACACCCUCGACAUCUAUAUCCGACCAAGUCCGCCUCCUCAUGCGGCGAGUCCCAUACCCCGUCGCAAUCAUAACAGCAACCGAUCCCUCCGGUUCAGAAAAUAUAACCUCCUUCCGCGGUAUGACCGUCUCUUCCUUCAGCACCGUCACUCUCACCCCGGACCCUGUGAUCUCUUUCAACGUGCGCCGCCCAUCGGAGACAUUGAAUGCGUUGCUUGCCUCGCGCCGGUUCCUGGUUCAUUUACUUGCACCGAGUCCCGCGACUGCUACUCUGGCCAGGGAUUUCUCUAAGGGGAAUAUCGCACUCGCUUCUAUGCUGAGAGGACAUGGGGAGUUUGAGUUCGCGGCUUUGCCUACUAAGGACGAGCAGGGAUAUCCGUCAAGAUCGCUUCCUAUUCUUAAGCGGAGGGCGGAAGCAAUCGCUGUGGAUGACGCGGUCGAGUUUCCUUUUGUUUUUGAAUGUACCCUACAUCCGCAGAAGAUUGAUGUGAAUGAUCACUCCAUCGUGCUGGGUACUGUUGUUCGGGCGGUUGAGGGCUCUGGGUCUGUUUUGGCACUGGGACAAGACGAUAAGGCCUUGAAUGAUUUACCUGAGCGGCUUUGUUUAACGUAUGCAAAUACCAAGUUUUGGAAGAUGGGGGGUGAACUUUGA